AGGGAAGAAGAAAAGCUUACUAGUAAUUUAUUUGAUCGAUUGAGAGAGAGAUAGAGGAGGAGGAAAAAAUCAGAGAGAAAGAAAAUGAUUAUGAUCAGCUUGGAAGCCAGACUAUGAAAGGAAAGGUAUUUCAUCUAAAUACAGCUCGCUGGAUGUGUACAAUCAUGGAUGAGUCAACAUGGCAUAUGGAUGAGUGCAUUCUAAAAAAAGGAAGAAGGAAACCCUGCGUUUGACCUGGACAAACUGCAUAAUGACAUGUAACUACAGCCCAGGUACUGGUAAUAGCAGUUUCAGUGUGGAAAUUAAUGCCAAGCCUGACCUGAGGCAAAAGCUGCAAGUAUUUUGGAGAUAUGGUUUUGAUUCUACACUCUACAGAUCUAACUAUCAUAUGUGGUUGCCGAAUACUGAUCUUGUGGAAUCGCAAUAUAUAUGACACCUUUACUCUUAUGAAAACCUCAUAAAUCUACUACGUACCCCAUCUUGAAAACAGCGGUUGGUGCUCCAGAGUAUCAUGGAUCAGAGUAUAUUACGAGGCAGGAGAAAGAACCCUACACCACUGGUCACCUGUGAGGAUGGUCAAGCAUCCAGGGAUGAUGAUGGGCCCAUCCCGGGGCUACUGGUCAAGGAUACACUGACCGUUGUGACACCAAGUGGAGAGUGUAAGAUUGAACUGUGCCUCGGAGACAUCACCAAGCUUCCUCAAAAGGACAAGGUGGACGUCCUACUCAUCUCAGCGUAUGGAGGUUGCUAUAGUAAAGGCGUUGGGGUGAUAGGCGCCCUCUACAGGCAAAGGGACAUCGAUGUGUAUCAGCUGGCCAGGACUCACAAGGAAGAGGACCUUCAAGAUCUCUACUCCUGCUGGUGGACCAAACCUCUCCCAAACCACCUACCUUACAAGAGACUGCUCUGCUUUGAGACCAGGGGCAGUACAGUAUUCUCUGGAGCAUCGAGCUAUGAUCCGAACAGGGGGGCAAAAGGACGCCCCUCUGAGUUGGUAUCCCAUGCAUUUCGGUGUCUGGUUCCUAUACUCAACAAUCAAGACGGGACUGUCAUCACACCCCUACUCAAUUCCGGGAGUCAGGGUUGUGACGAGUGCGAGAUGCUGCAAGGGAUGGUGGAAAACGCUGUCAACUGGAUGAAAGCUGGCCUUCCUCUCCGUCUCCUAAAGAUUGUGAUCUACUCGACGGUGCUGAGUAGAACCACUGCAUCUAUGAUCCUCCAGAGGGGAGAUGGUUCUCAGAUCCUCACGCUCUUCUCUCAACUCAAAGAGAGACUGGAAACAAAGAGCCCCAUUCCAAAGGAAGUGAAGCUAGACUAUGAUAUCUACAUGUCCUUCAGUCCCAAGGACCAGUCCUCCGUAGACCACAUCCAGACCGCUCUACGGACCAUCAAACCAGACAUCCGCAUCUACCUAUCAAACCAGAAGCUUGACGAGGACGCCAUAUGGCAGAACGACAUCUACGCAGUCAUGACCAAAAGUGCCAGGGUCAUCACAGUUUUAAGUCCAAACUACCUCAGCUCACCAGACUGCCUGGAGCAGUACAAUAUUGCCCUCUGCUGCAACAGACAAUCCUACAGAGAUAUCUUAGCUCCACUCUACAUAGCAACCGUUACCUUGCCAACAUACAUGGGCUUAGUCCAGUACUCUGACUGUAGAUCUGAUCCUGAAGUACAAAUCUCCAACACCUGUAAGCAGCUCAUAAAAGCUCUGCCACUCUCUACCCAGGACGAUAGCUCAGGUAAUGGUACGACCACCAGCACACCGGUGGAAGAGGAGGAGGAUCCCUUCUGCUAUGAUGUCUUUGUCUCCUACUCCCACUGUGACUCAGAGGCUGCUACCCACAUUGUGGGUGUGCUCAAGGAGCUGGACCCGAGCUUGAGGAUCUUCUACGAUAUCCAGGAGCUCAAGACAGGUCAUGCAUGGCAGCAGACCCUAUACCACUCCAUAGAUGGUUCCAGAUCUAUGCUUGCCAUACUCUCUAAUAACUACCUCAGAUCAGCUGUGUGCCAGGAGGAAUAUAGCCUUGCUCAGAUGAAACACUUGGCUCAGGACAAGCUGAAGCUCAUACCACUGUGUAUAGAAAACCUAGAGAAAGAAGAAUGCUCAUUCUCAGAAGUUACCAUGGUAACAGCCACACCCGAUGUCUUCCAAGAUGCUGUUGCUACAGCCUGCAGCAGUCUUGUGUCAUGGCUGCAUGGGAAGGCUGAUACCAAGGCAGAUUCUGUGGAAGGACUCUCUCAUCUCCUUGCAGGAGCUGCAGUCUCAGAUCGACUGAACAUAGAAAACCUGAUGGAAGAUCACCGGAAGAAGAUCCUCAAGAACGAAUACAACACGAUCUCACUGCCUCUCAAGGAUGUGUUCCCUCCUAAGUGCUUCAUCUCCGAGCACGACCAAGACAAGGUCAAAUACCGGGAGGUGACGGGGGAGGUACUCCUCAGCUUCCACCCGCACGACGAGAAGUUUGCGCUCUCCUUCAAGAGCCUCUUGGAAUGGACGGCGCCCAAGGUGGUUGUCCUAGUCGAUGCGUCCAGCGACCAAGAGCGUCUUCGUCAGCUGGAUAAUGCAAGGCACAUCGUGGCGUUCCUGUCGCCUCACUACGUGGAGUCGCCCAAGCAUGUGGAGGAGUUCCACGUGGCUCUGUGGAGACAGAGGGUCAGUCCUAUCCAGGCACCUCUGCUACUCCCAGUCAAGGUUCUGAAGUUAGCCUGGAAACCCACCUACUUCCAGCUGGUGGGUAGCGUUAUCGACCUGUGGGAUGCCAUGUGGCCCUCCCUGGCUCUCAACAUACCCCGGACCGGAUGGCUGCGACACGAGGAGCUCAUGGUCUCCAACAGUACCUCCCUUGCUCUGAUGGAGCUGGCUAGGAUCACCCUGGAGCUCAUACAGACUGCAAAGAAUUUACCUGAGGAGAAAGAGCUCAAAGUUAGACCGGCGCUUCUCAACCCAGUCCAAGUCAAGGCAGAGAUUCUGGCCCUGGUCCAAGCUACCAAGAAUCAUAGGACUAGGGGUCACAGGUCAGGUGAUAGCGCCCUCAUGGACUGUUCUUGUAUAGUGUGUCGGCGGACGCAGAAACUCCUCAGAAAACACUCAGAUGUCAACCUGACCGGAUGAGCAGUGUGAAAAUGAUAGCGAUUCUAAGGAGCAGAUUUAUUUUAUUUGAAGCAAUGUAUCUCUCUACAUUAGACAUAGAUUUGUAGGAGUGUCUUCUUUCAAAACUUGAAAUAGUUCACAGCAAUAAGCCCUAAUUGUAGAUAUCUUCAUAUUUGUAGAUAUAGUUUCAUAACCAAAGUUUUUUAUGUAUCAUGUUGUCUUUCAUCUUAAAAAAAGAACCUGAUCCCAGCUGACUGACUUGCCACAUUUGUAAUUUUAAGUGUGAGGUUUGUUCCCCUUUGUAGGCCUUCAUCAAGGGCGAACAGUUAGUGUCAGUAUCCUGUAAAGUACACUAAAUAGUCUUUUACAUCAUGCAAUAAGAGAAGUUAUAAUUGAAGAAAAAAAUGUUAAUUAUUGUUUAUAUCAUGGGAUUGAAUAGUACAGGAAUGCAUUCCUGCAAUUAUGGAAAGGAAAUAUAGCAAUCGUUAAAUGUAUAUUCGUAAUACCUCAUGAACCGAAAAUAUGUAUGCAAUUUUUAAAAAUUAAAAUGUGUCAAUAAAUGAUAUUUGAUUUACAAAUAA